GCUUUAAUACGGGUGAAGUGCACUCUGAGGGAUAACGUCCACUGUUUCAUGGUAUUUACUUUUUUUGCUGUCUAGCGGCCAUAGCACAAGUCACAGUAUACGUAUAUGCAUAAGGUGGCUAUCGGCCUACCACUAACAGCAGCCCCUGGAAAUCCACGAUGCAGGAGAUGCAGUUAUCUUUUGCCACAGCUCUGUCCAUCUUCAUCGGUUGCAUGAUCAUCGAGGCUAGCCUCAGCACAACCCUUUCCGAACCGGAGAUUGACAACUUUAUCGACGACUUCCCAUCCAAUCUGUUAGGACAUUUCGGCAACCGCAAUGAUAAAGUUAACCAUGUGCGCGCUUUGUCGCGCUUGAAUUUGGAACUUCCGACCGGCACGGACCUCCGCACCGGGAAUGCCAUUAGUUUCGAAGCCAUCGGGAAGAACUAUCAGUAUUGCGUGUGGUUCCAUAAUGCCUUUCAAACUGAUAGGAAAAGUCUGUGCUUUCCCUUUCAACUAAAUACUUACACGCUUCAUCGAUUUGAACAGCAUAAACUACAGAUAAUUUUCUUUCGGACAAACGAAACAGUUCAGGCCAUUAUCCGCAACUCCACGGCAAACUCCGAAUUAAUGAUUGCCUUCAAACCGAGUCCGCAAGGUGUCCUUGUGAGUUUUAACGGACAACGCGAAAGGCUGUACCGACGAACCAUCCAUCCGUUUUUCUUUGGGACAUUCCGGUUAGAUACUGCUGAAACUAAGCUUGCCACUGCUCUGCUGCGAACAAUCGGCCUCAGCGAAAUCGGGACGAACUCCAGUUUUAUCACGUCAUUGUCCUUCAUCCAGGGUCCUUUUCACCGAGACAACCAAUUCGCCAUCCGGUGUCACACAGUGGAACCGUUCUCAUACCAGGAAAUCGAACUGACAGUCCAAGCGAGCAACGCCAGCACUUUCCGUGAUGUGCAUUUUGCUACUGCUACGCAGUUCAGAGCGGUAGAACUGCUUUUCGAAGAUCGUCACACGAAGCUGAGCAUUAUUUAUUUGAUCAACGAACAUGGUAAUCGAAUUACUCAGAAACUAAAAAUGCAUGGCACAGGAGCUAGUCUGCUUUUGGAAGAACCCAUAGAGUUUUCGGGAGAUUUCCCAUCCGCUAACGUUUCGCUGGAUUCCCGGGAAGUGAAUUUAUUCUACGAGAGAGCACCGUCUUGGUUUUAUUACGGUACAUACGAGGAAGACGCGCCCAGAGAAUUGUCGGAAAACAUGUUUUUGACUUUGUACAACUUGGAUCAUCUGGACUGGAAAAAGUAUUCCAAUGAAUCGGCGAACUGCACGGCUGAUUGGCGACAAAGGGGAGAAACGCGACGAAUGCGCAUUGCACAGGAUUCUGCAGCCGAUAUCUUCCAAGAGGGUUCUUGCGAUUCGACAAUGAUCUCUGUGCCGCUCAUCGACUCCGCAAUGCGUUCAUUCGGAACCACAGACGAAAAAUUUGAUUCCAUGGAGUCGUCUGUAAAAUACGAGAACGCCUUACCGGAACCGGAUGUUCAGCUGGUAUUCAGCUAUCGCACUAAGCCAAAUGAAUGGUAUGCCUCGAAAGCCAGGUACGGCUUCAAAUUGUUGCCGGCUUUCCAAGACCCGCUGUCGGGACUGAAAGUGACAUACACCCGGCUGGACAACAACAAGAACACAUAUGAGCGUCGACAGCAAAUGACAAUUCUCCGGUUCCGUCGCAUUUUAUCGCAUUUGAUUACGGGCCGAUUCACUUUGGAUGGCGCCAGUUCCGCCAUUGGGGUGAACGGGUCGAAAUCUGAGCAAGACAGGAAGUCUUCACCUCCUUCAUUUAUCAUUGAGAUAGUUCAGUUGGCAGAAAACGAGUUCCGCUGGAUUGGCCGCGACAAUGAAGUUAUUCGCUGUAACAUGACCUUCAGUUUGAAUAAACACUUUCACAUCGGAGAGGAUAACAUUAAGACAUAUUGGCACUAUGCCGAAAUGGGUGAGAAGGUCGUGGUGAAGCCAUACAGGGACGACAGCGAUAGCACGAUGAGAGAGCUGCAGGUUUCCCUAAAUCCAGAAGAGCCGCACGUGUCACCGCUCACUCUGCGUAUACCAUCGCUCACUAUGAUCUUUUCCUCUUUUUCUACGACUGCUCGCGCAGGUGGUUUUGCGUCGUGCGCAAAACGCUGUUGCGAACACAGUAAAUGCGUGAGAAUUCCUGGGAAGCAGCUGAAAAUAUUGCUUUGUUAAUGUUACUGUUACACUAUCAGUGAGCAGCAACAAUAAUUACUGUAAAACAAUAAAAUUACUGCAUAAA